UGAGGAACUAAAUUUGUGGUCUGUUUUAUCUUUUUGACGUCUUUCGCGAAUGAAUAAUGAGUGGGUAAAGUUUUCAACGCUACAACUGAUUGUCAAAAUUAUUUUCAUUGAAAAAUAGAUUUUCGGAAACAAGUAUGUUUCUUUUCUACCUGCGGUUGCAUCAAAAAGCAAGUGCAUAAUGCUAAAUAAUCUAUUGUUGCUAAGUAAUACUGAUGUGUAACAUUAUUUUCUACGUAUCUCUAUUAGUUACAAAAGUCAAAAUCUGUGCACGACUAGUAGCGAAACGUAUAAUAAUUUGAAAAUGUUCUGAUUGAAAUAUGUAACAUCUUAACCUAAUUUGAUCAUCUUGAUGUAACAAUUGUUAACUUGAUUAUCAACCACAGAUUUUCUUUGUAAUUUAUAUAGAAUGUUUUUUUAUCAAUAUGCAGUGACUAUCAAGUUAUAAAAUUGUGUUUUUACUUUUGCUAAUUAUAUUUUAUUAUGAAUGACAUGGAACAGUCAGAGAAUUCAAAUAAUGAGAAAUGUGGUUCAUAUUAUGCCUUAUUGGUUGCAUUUAAAACAAUGAAUGAGCGUUGUCAACAGCUAGAAACAAGAUUAGCUAUAGUUGAAGAGGAAAACAUGUGUUUAAGACUAGAAUGUGGCAAAGAUGAAUCUGCAGCUAUCACAAAAACUGGUGAUAACAGUGAAAAAACUAUUGUACAAACCUUGAAGGAAAAGGUUGAAGAACUUACAAAACAGAAAUCUCAGCUGACUCACCAGAUUUGUAUGGUAGCAGCAGAAAAUCGUCAAUUAUGGAACAGAUUAACAAAAUUGACAAGGACUAAUAAAUCUUUGGGAAACCAAUUAAAUAAAAUCUCUGAUACACUAAAACAACAUUCUCCAGCACAACCAUCAGAGAUAGUAUCAUAUAAUUUUCGUGAUGUUUCUAGCUCUGCUAAACAAGAGGAUAAUCAACAGUGUGCAUUAAGUACAAGCAAUGGUGAAAAAGAACAAAGUUUAGAAGAAAUAUCACUUAGACUUAUAAAUAGCAUUAUGUUAGAAAAGUCUGAUCUUGAACAACAAUAUGCAGAGAUGGUUGAAUUACAAAAUAGUACUGAAUUAAAUUUGCAACAGAUUGGUUUCACAUAUCCAGAGGAUUCUGAUACAGAAUUAGAAUUAUUAAAGCAACAUGAAAUGAGGCUGUCACAGAUGAAAAAUACCUUAUUAACACAACAAACUAAGCUGAAAAGGGCACUACAAAAUUUGAAGAAAAAGAAAGAUGGACUAACGUGUAAUAAUUGUCGCACCAAUGCAAAUAAAAAAAUGUGUCAAGCGGGUACACAAUUCGACUUGAAUGAAAGUAUUAAAGAACAUGGCGCGACGCAAACCAGCCUUCAAAAUCCGAGCCUCUCUUUAGAUAAAAGUUCCAAUUCAACAGAUAAUCCAGAACAAGACAAUAAAAUAUGUCCUUUAUGCGGAUUAUUUUAUACGAAAACUACAUCAUUUGCAGAAUUUCAUGAACACGUCUUAAGUCACUUUUGUAACGAAGUAUCGGUAGAAGGUUUCGAAAUUGUUCACUAAUGUUUGACACGCGGGUUAUGGUAACUGAUAGUACCUUUAAUUUCUUAACGAUUUUAUAUAUUAUUUUAAAAGUAGAAAAUAAAUGUAAAUACUUCGUACAUUUUCUGAAAUACGUUAAUCUUAACAGGAUUAAAAAUGUUUUUUGAUUAUUGAAUUUUAUGAACUGUUGAUCGAGAAAAGUUUUAAUAGAAACUAUUAUGUAUAAAAAUGCAAUACAAUGAUUUAUUAUAAAAAUAAUGAUAAAUGUGAUUGUUGUCAAUUAGAGUUGUUAAUUUCAGAUAGUCGGCUACUCGUAAGAUACCUCUGAAUAGAUGAAAUUCAUAAAAUCCAUGAAAACUCAUAAAAAUUUAUUCUUAUGUUACAUUCCUUUAUUUUUAUACAAUACAAUAUUCAAUUAUCUGUUAAUUAUUGGAACAAAGUUUUCGUCUUUUAUUCAGAAAUAUUUUAUGGGUACCCGAGUAUUAAAUCAACAGCACUAUUAUCAAUAGAGUAUUUAUUUUUAUGUUCAUGAACUACAAAAAUCCAAAACAGAUUUGUAAUACUACGACGGGUUACGCAAAUGUAAAAAUACCAUCUCAAUAAAUGGAAGGUCAAUACUUUUUUUAUAA